AUGACUUCUUUUACACAUGAUGAUUACACAAUCGCGUGGAUAUGUGCCUUGCCGUUAGAGAUGGCGGCGGCGAAUCUCAUGCGAGAUAAAACCCACAAUUCCCUGCCUAGACCUUCCACUGAUCCGAACGCCUACGUACUCGGCGAAUUGAACGGCCAUUAUGUUGUCAUUGCCUGCCUACCAACCGGGAUAUAUGGAACAGUAUCCGCUGCGACCGUCGUGUCUCACGUAGUUUCAAUAUUUCCUCGGAUCCGAUUUGGACUGAUGGUGGGAAUUGGAGGGGGUGUCCCGGGCCCAAGCAGUGAUAUUCGAUUAGGCGAUGUGGUGGUGAGCAAGCCGGUUGGAAAGUAUAGCGGGGUGAUACAGUAUGAUUAUGGCAAGGCAGUUCAAGGCGGGCAAUUCGAACCAACCGGCACCUUAAACAAACCACCACAGACCCUUUUAACGCAUAUGGCUCAACUGGAGGCGAUCCAAAUGUCGAGAAGGGAGGAUACUAUUUCAACAAUAGUGUGGAAAGUACUGGAACAAAAUCCUGAUAUAAAAGCCAGAUUUUCACCCCCAAAACAGGACUCAGACUAUCUUUUUCAUUCCACUUAUCACCAUGCCGACAAGGAAAACAACUGUGAAAAGUGUGAUAAGGAGCAAUUGGUCUACCGACAGCUGCGUGAUAGCAGGACACCUUAUAUCCACUAUGGGUUGAUUGCAUCUGGAGACCAGGUGAUGAAGGACUCAGAAGCACGAGACCGUCUAGCUCAACAGUAUGGAAUACUCUGCUUUGAGAUGGAGGCAGCAGGCCUUAUGGAUACACUUCCAACUCUAGUUAUCCGAGGGAUAUGCGACUAUUGCGACUCCCAUAAACAGAAAGAGUGGCAGGGAUACGCGGCUUUGACAGCAGCAGCCUAUACAAAAUUGCUGUUGUCGAUCGUGCCUGUUUCCUGUAUGGAUUGGAGUUUGGCAAAGGAAAAAAACAGAGUCCGUCACUGGACAGUCCCACUGGGAAGAAACCCACGAUUUGUUGGUCGUCAGGAUGAAAUUACCAAACUGGAGGCCUUGAUUAUGAUGCAAGAUGGGCCCAGGAAGCUUGCAAUUACAGGGUUAGGAGGGGUUGGGAAGACCCAAGUGGCUCUGGAGCUAGCUUACCGCUUACGAGACCGGGAUAAGGAGUGCUCGGUUUUCUGGGUCCCAUGUACUAGUUAUGAGAUGGUUGAACAGACGUUCCUGAAUAUUGCAGAUAAACUCGGACUUCAUAAUGUGAAGCCGGCAGAGGUUAAAGAACGGAUUAAAACAUACCUCAGCUCCGAGCGUGCGGGGAAGUGGCUUCUAAUUUUUGAUAAUGCAGAUAAUAUGGACAUGUGGCUAUCGAUUAGUGGUGCAGCUCUAGCUCUCGAGGACUUCCUCCCUGAGAGUGGACAAGGCCGCACUUUGUUUACCACCCGGAACCGGAAACUUGCGGUGGAGCUAACAUCCUCGAAUGUCAUCCCUAUUCCGAAUGAGAAUAAAGAAAUUGCACAAGACAUUUUAGAAAAGUCGUUAUUAGAAAAGGACUCGCUAAAAGACCAUGCCACAACAGCCGCGCUUCUCGAACAGCUGACCUUUCUUCCACUGGCUAUUGCGCAGGCAUCGGCAUAUAUUAAUAAAAAUGGCUUAAGUCUGUCCGACUACCUUGAGCUUCUACAAGAGCAGGAACCGGAAGUGGUGGAUCUCUUAAGUGAAGACUUCAGAGAUGCAGGACGCUAUAAGGAUACUCAGAAUCCAGUGGUCAGCACCUGGUUUAUAUCGUUUAAACAAAUUCAGCGCCAGGAUCAAUUAGCAGCCGACUAUCUAUUUUUUAUGGCUUGUAUCAAUCCACGAAGCAUCCCUAAGUCGCUUCUUCCUUUGCCAACAUCCAAGAAACGCGGAAUUAACGCUUUGGGACUUCUGAAUGCAUAUUUGUUUAUCAACGGGCAGGAUAUAUAUAUUAGCAUACACAGACUUGUGCAUAUUGCGAUCCGAGACUGGCUGAGAAAAAAUAGACUGCUUACUUACUGGAUCCAAAGGGUGGCUGAUCAGAUAUGUAAAGUUUUACCAGAUGAUUACUAUACUAAUCGAGGACUUUGGCGACAAUACCUUCCUCACGCUUUGUCCCUUGUGUUUGAAGAUGAGUUUAUAAUACAACGGGAACAAUAUAUUGACUUGGUUGAGAAGAUCGAAAGUUACCUUGCCAGUGAUGGCAGAUAUAAUGAAGCUGAGAAGCUGGGCGUCCAAGUAGUGGAGACAAGGAAGACAGUACUAGGGGCUAAACAUCCCUUAACUCUAGCCAGCAUAGCAAACCUGGCAUCAAACUAUGGAUGUCAGGGACGAUGGGAUGAAGCCGAGAAGCUGGAGAUGCAAGUAAUAGAGAUAAAAAAGACAGUGCUAGGGCCCGAGCAUCCCUCAACUCUGACUAGCAUAGUGAACCUGGCAUCGGUCUACGGGUAUAGGGGACGAUGGCAUGAAUCUGAGAAGCUUUCUGUGCAAGUAAUAGAGACAUCCAAGACAGUACUGGGGCCUGAACAUCCCUUAACUCUGACCAGCAUGGGGAACCUGGCAUCAACCUACCAGCACCAAGAACGAUGGGAUGAAGCCGAGAAGCUGGAAGUGCAAGUAAUGGAGACAGAGAAGAUAGUACUGGGGGCUGAACAUCCCUCAACUUUAACCAGCAUGGGGAACCUGGCAGUAACCUACCGGCACCAAGGACGAUGGGAUGAAGCCGAGAAACUGGAGAUGCAAGUAACAGAGACAAAGAAGAUAGUACUGGGAGCUGAAUAUCCUGAUACUCUGACCAGCAUGGCGAACCUGGCAUUAACCUAUGGGUACCAGGGACGAUGGGAUGAAGCCGAGAAACUGGAGAUGCAAGUAAUAGAGACAAGGAAGGUAGUACUGGGGGCUGAACAUCCUGAUACUCUGACCAGCAUACUCAACCUUGCCUAUAUCUGGAAAUUCCAAGGGAAGCUUCAAGAUGCGUUGUCUCUAAUGGAAAAAUGUUCUGAGCUGCGCAGAAAAAUAUUGGGGCCUAGUCACCCGGAUGCCUGA